AUGGAUGAGAUCCCGGGCCUGCCCGAGGUGGAGGUGCACCCACGGCGCGCGGCUGCCGGGUGCUCCCCGCGCGGCGGCAGCGGGAGUUCAUCUCCCGAGGAGCAGAAGGACACGGUGUAUUGGGAGACGCGGCGCAAGAACAACGAGGCGGCCAAGCGCUCCCGGGAGAAGCGGCGGCUGCAGGACGCGGCGCUCGAGGGCCGCCUGGCCGCGCUGCUGCGGGAGAACCAGGCGCUGCGGGCGAGCUGCGCGCCUUGCGCGCUGCGGACCGUCCCCGGGGCUGCGCGCGCGCUGCCUCUCCAUGCCGUCUUCUGGGAUGCGCCCUGGGGCCCCGAGCCCUGGCUGCCUCCUAAGGGCGUCGUGCCCGCUGGAUUCUGGGGUUCCAGGCUGCAGGAGCUGUUUUGCUGGCGCACCGGUGGGUCCCCAACUCCACCCUCCAGUACCCCCAAGAGAAUCGACGUGGCACUCCCCGCUCACCUUCUUCAGCUGCCAGCUCCCUGGACGGGCAUGGGAGGACCGGGACCCCAGUUCAGGCCCUGUUGGGGGUUGUGGUCCCCGAUAUCCCCAGGGUGUCCCGCCACCUCGGACUCCCCCGGAAAUGUUGCUUGAGCUCCACGGCAGACACCCUGGGGUUUGUCCCCAAGGGCGCCUCUCCCCGGGAAGGACUCCGAGGGUCUAACUCAGCCGUCUCUACCCCACAAACUGCGUCUCAAGCCCGAAGCCUCAGGCAGGGGGAGUCGAGAUUGGGAAGGGGCCUUCCUGCAGCCCCUGAAGCUCCCCUCCCCUCUUCCUACUGUAAAUUCUAAGAAAUCCCUUAGUGGUCAGGCUAUGUCCUCCCCCACCUGCGGCCACAGGGCUGCCCCCACCACUGGCUUCCGGUCUUCACAGCAGGGAGAGGUGCAGGAAAGGGGGAGACCAGUUUAG